AUGGCGGGAAAACAAGCAAAGAAGAAGAAGGCGGAAGUUAGCAACACAGUUCAAGAGGACGAGACAAAGCGCGACCUCUACUCGCUACAAGGAAGCACCAGAAUGCUGAAAGAGUUGGUGAAGGAGCGACUCAUGGCGGCAGCUGAUGAAAUAUCGGCAAUGUUUGAAAGAACGAUAGCGUCCUACGAGGAGGAACUUUCCCGAACGAGAGAGGAGAAGGAGCGACAUCUACAACAACUGGAGGCUGUUAGCAAGACUCCAAAUGUGCUCCACCUUGGAGACGUCCAGCAGCUGAUCGGUCAUCAAGAACAACGUCCCACUCAGCCGCAGGGGGGGCACUCCUCUUGGAAGCAGGAGGAUCGCCAGCCCCCCCACUGUAAAGAGGAAGAGUGUCUUCCCUGGUGGGAGGAAGCCGAUCCCACCAAGUUGCCACUGACUGUUGUCUCUGUGAAGAUAGACGAUGGUGAAGAGGAACCACAAGCAGACAAGCUCUCAGCUCAGCCAUCAGCCAGCAACAACGUGACGUCACACUCCCCUGACGAUAAAGACGGGAACCCCACCCAAGAAGCUUUAAGCAGCUAUACAGACUGUGAAGCUGCAAUGAGGACUCACAUUGACAACAAACACUCUAAAAAGAAGAAAACAGGUCAAGAUUGUUUGACCUGCUUAGUUUGUGCUAAGACGUUCACUCAAAAGGGCCACCUGACUCAGCACAUGAGAACGCACACAGGUGAAAAACCAUUUGGUUGCUCAGUUUGUGCUAAAAGAUUCUCUCAGAAGGGAACGAUGGCGAUACACAUGAGAACGCACACAAGAGAAACGCCUUUUAGUUGCUCUGUAUGCGCUAAAAGCUUUGCUCACAGUAACAGUUUGACUCGACAUAUGUCCAAACACACUGGAGAGAAACCUUUUAGUUGCUCAGUUUGUGCUAAAAGGUUCUCCCACAAGGUACCAAUGGAAUUGCACAUGCGAACGCACACAGGAGAGAAACCCUUUUGUUGUUCAGUGUGUGGCAAGCAGUUCUCUCAAAAGGUAGCAAUGAUAUCACACAUGAGAGCGCACACAGGAGAGAAACCCUUUUGUUGUUCCGUUUGUGGUAAAAGAUUCUCUCGGAAAGUAAAUGUGGCAACACACAUGAGAACGCACACGGGAGAAAAACCCUUUCGGUGUUCAGUGUGUGAUCAGAGAUUCUCUCACGAUGCAACAUUGCGGUCACACAUGAGAACACACACAGGAGAAAAACCAUUUCAUUGUUUAGUUUGUGAUCAAAGAUUCUCUCGAAAGUUAACAAUGGUGUCACACAUGACAACGCACACGGGAGAAAAACCCUUUCGUUGUCCACUUUGUGGUAAAAGAUUCUCUCAAAAAUCCAAUGUAGCAUCACACAUGACAACGCACACAGGAGAAAAACCCUUUAGUUGUUCCGUUUGUGGUCAAAGAUUCUCUCAGAAGUCCAAUAUGGUUUCACACAGGAGGAAACACACUGGACAAAUAGAAGGUUUGGGGUCAGCCUCAGAUAAGAAUGAGCUGACAUGAGAUGAUCAAGUUUGCAUUUCCAACAGUUGGCUAAGACAUACUAUUUUAAAACAAAGAAAAGUUGGCUGCUACAGGAAAUAAUGAAAACAAUAGUAAAAAAAACCUCCAAGCCACCCGACCACAGCCUUUACGAGUCAUGGCAGGGUAAAGGUGACUAUAGGGGUGUUAUUUUUCAUGUCUAGAGGGCUUUAAUAAUGUUAGAAAGCGUAUUUAGAAGGUCAUAAACAGGUUUUCUAUGUCUUAUAUGUCUUAUUUUCUGUCAUAUUGGAUCAUAUUGGGUAAUAGGAGUGUAAAGGUAACUAUUGUAUAGGGUGUUAUUUUGUGUCUGAUGUUAGUGUAUUUAGAAGGUGAUAUCUAUGAAAAUAUUCCAUUUGUUCUACGUGUACCGUGGUACUAUGAAGCCACAAGGAUCUUCUAACAAGCUCUUGGAACAUCAUAGAUGAUAUUCUACGUGUCCCGUGGGAAGU